CUGAUGACCUGCGGCUGCAUGAAAAGCACAGCCAGCUCCUGUAAUACUUUUAGCUGGCUAUUCCAGAGGACACAUUCGCCUCCGUUGAGUAGACACAAUGAGAGAAAUCGUCCAUCUUCAAGCUGGCCAGUGCGGCAAUCAAAUUGGAACAAAGUUUUGGGAGGUGAUUAGUGAUGAGCAUGGUAUUGACCCAGCUGGAAACUUUGUCGGAGAUUCAGAUCUGCAGCUGGAGAGAAUCAACGUAUACUACAACGAGGCAUUUACCAACAAGUAUGUCCCCAGAGCCAUCAUGGUGGAUCUGGAGCCUGGAACCAUGGACAGUGUCCGCUGCGGAACUUUUGGACAGCUUUUCAGACCAGACAACUUUAUUUUUGGCCAAAGUGGGGCAGGGAACAACUGGGCCAAAGGCCACUACACAGAGGGAGCAGAGCUGGUGGACGCGGUGCUGGACAUAGUGAGGAAGGAGUGCGAGAACUGUGACUGCCUGCAGGGCUUCCAGCUCACCCACUCGCUGGGCGGGGGCACCGGCUCGGGCAUGGGCACCCUGCUCAUCAGCAAGGUCCGGGAGGAGUACCCCGACCGCAUCAUGAACACGUUCAGCGUGGUGCCCUCGCCCAAAGUCUCGGACACUGUGGUGGAACCAUACAAUGCCACCCUCUCCAUCCACCAGCUGGUGGAGAACACGGAUGAGACCUACUGCAUCGACAACGAGGCGCUGUACGACAUCUGCUUCCGCACGCUCAAGCUGCCCACCCCCACCUACGGCGACCUCAAUCACCUGGUCUCCUCCACCAUGAGCGGGGUCACCACCUCUCUCCGCUUCCCCGGACAGCUCAACGCCGACCUGCGUAAGCUGGCCGUGAACAUGGUGCCUUUCCCCCGCCUGCACUUCUUCAUGCCCGGCUUCGCCCCCCUGACAGCCAGGGGCAGCCAGCAGUACCACGCCCUGACAGUGCCCGAGCUCACGCAGCAGAUGUUUGAUGCCAAGAACAUGAUGGCGGCCUGCGACCCGCGCCACGGCCGCUACCUCACCGUCGCCGCCAUCUUCCGCGGCCGCAUGUCCACCAAGGAGGUGGACGAGCAGAUGCUGGCUGUGCAGAGCAAGAACAGCAGCUACUUCGUGGAGUGGAUCCCCAACAACGUGAAGGUGGCCGUGUGCGACAUCCCGCCCAGGGGCCUCAAGAUGUCCUCUACCUUCAUCGGCAACAGCACGGCCAUCCAGGAGCUCUUCCGGCGCAUCUCGGAGCAGUUCACCGCCAUGUUCCGCCGCAAGGCCUUCCUGCACUGGUACACGGGCGAGGGCAUGGACGAGAUGGAGUUCAGCGAGGCCGAGAGCAACAUGAACGACCUGGUGUCCGAGUACCAGCAGUACCAGGACGCCACCAUAGACGAGGAGGGUGAAAUGUACGACGAAGAUGACGAGGAGGAAUCAGAGGCUCAGGAUUAAGGAGUGGCCUGUCGAGACAACAAUCGUGCUGGACAUUCAAAGAAUCACAGUGUCUUAUAGGACCAAAAAAUAUACCUCCCUGCCUUAUCCUUUCUCUAUGUCUCCUUCUUGCUUCGUACAGUUUGUUUUAAGCGUUCCUUCUUAAACUCACCAAAUCCACGCUCGACCAGUAAUUAAUGACUGUUGUACACACAUGUUCAUAUGUUGAUGUAAGUACUGACUGA